AUGGCCGCCCGAGCCCAUGAUGUUGCUGCACUCGCUAUCAAAGGCAAUUCAGCUUUCCUCAAUUUCCCUGAGCUGGCUCAUGAGCUUCCCCGUCCGGCCAGCUUAUCGCACAAAGACAUCCAGGCCGCUGCUGCCAAAGCAGCCGCAGCCGCAUUCGACAAGCAACCAGCAAGUUGCGAAGUUGAAACCGAAGACCAAGGCGAGCGGAGCCAAUCAGAAUUUCCAAUUUCAAAUUCCCCAACUCCCAUCAUCACGUCGGAUGACACCCGAGGAGAAUUCUCAAUGUUUCCAUCCACAGACGAAGACUUACUGUUCGACCUGCCUGAUUUAGUCCUCGACCACACCACUACUCCAAACAUAUUUGACUUCUCUUCAUCUUUGAUGUCGCCUACUGCAGCCAACUUCGGAUUACAAAUGGAUGAGACUUUCUUAUUCUGGGAGUAA